AUGUCCUCCACAAUACUUGAGCUCAAUUGUUGGAUCCUUGGUGAUUCUCCAAAGCACAUCUUUCCAGUCAAUGUCGAAAGUGCGAGUACUGUGGGCCACUUGAAGGAAGCUAUCAAGGAUAGGGCACAAAAUCGAUUUAGUGAUAUUGAUGCUUAUGUGCUUGACCUAUGGAAGGUGAGUGAUUGA